AUGAGGCUUCCAGCACUCCUCCCUCCUCUAAUCCUUCAGAUCCUUCUUUUCCUUUCGUUGCAGAAUCCAACUCUAGCAGACAAAAAGGCUUACAUAGUGUACCUUGGAACACAAUCUGAUACACGCAGCGCGGCGUCUAUUGUGGCAAAAGCUCAUAAGAAUUUUCUGGGAAAUGACUUGGAAAGCGAGGCCGUAGCCCAGGAUUCAAUUUUUUACUCAUAUACCCAUCUCAAUGGCUUUGCUGCAAUGCUUGACGAGGACGAAGCCGAAAGGAUUCGAGGUGAUCCUGAUGUGGCGUCAGUUUUCCCAAACAAUGGGAGAAAAUUGCAUACCACUCGGUCAUGGGAUUUUCUUGGAUUGGAGAAGGAUGGAGAAGUCCCUCCUCUUUCAAUUUGGAAGAAGGCUAGGUUUGGUGAAGAUGCAAUCAUUGGAAAUAUUGACACUGGCGUAUGGCCGGAAUCAAAAAGUUUCAAUGAUGAAGGGAUGGGUCCUAUUCCAACGAGAUGGAAAGGAUUUUGUCAAAAUAGUUUUACCGGAAGCAAAGUUACUUGCAACAGGAAGUUGAUUGGGGCGAGGUACUUCAACAAAGGUUAUGCCGCGUACGCGGGCAAGCUCAACUCCACCUUCGAGACGGCGCGCGACGAGGAGGGUCACGGGUCCCACACCCUCUCCACUGCAGGAGGCAACUUCGUUCCCGGGGCGAGCGUCUUCGGUCACGGCAACGGAACUGCCAAGGGCGGGUCGCCUAAGGCCCGGGUGGCGGCUUACAAGGCGUGCUGGCCCCCCGUCGACGGCAACGAGUGCUUCGACGCCGACAUCUUAGCGGCCUUCGACGCCUCCAUUUCUGACGGCGUCGACGUCCUCUCGGUGUCCCUGGGCGGCGACCCCGUCGACUACUCUAACGACGGGAUCUCGAUCGGAGCAUUCCACGCCUUCAGGAAAGGCGUCACAGUGGUCUGCUCGGCGGGGAAUUCAGGGCCGUUUGAUGGGAGCGUGUCGAAUGUGUCACCGUGGAUACUUACGGUCGGUGCCAGCACCAUGGACAGAGAGUUCUCUAGUUAUGUGACUCUGGGCAACAAAAAGAAAUUAAAGGGAGUAAGCUUGUCGGAAAAGAACUUGCCGGCGAACAAGAUGUAUCCGGUGGUACUUGGUUCACAGGCGGCAUCUGGCAAUGCUUCACUCUUAGACGCAAUGCUGUGCAACGAGGGAACCCUGAAAGCAGAGGUGGUGAAGGGGAAGAUAUUGGUGUGCGAGAGAGGGGAGACCUCCAGGGUCGCCAAAGGGCAGCAGGCUGCGAGGGCCGGCGCCGUAGCAAUGGUUCUGGUUAACGACUACCAAAGCGGCAACGAAUUGAUAGCAGAUCCUCAUGUCCUUCCGGCCUCCCAUCUCAGUUUUCUCGACGGCCAAACACUCAUUUCUUACGUCAACUCCACCAAGAAUCCAAUGGCUAAUGUAUCUCCAGUAAAAACGGUAGAGGGAGUGAAGCCUUCUCCAGUCAUGGCUUCCUUCUCAUCCAAAGGUCCAAAUUUCAUUACUCCCGAAAUUCUUAAGCCUGACAUAACAGCACCAGGGGUGAGCGUAAUUGCUGCCUUCACACAAGCACAGGCGCCGUCGGAGUUAGACGACGACAAGCGCCGGAUUCCGUUCAACGCGCAGUCCGGCACCUCAAUGUCCUGCCCUCACGUCGCCGGGGUCGUCGGCCUUAUCAAAACCCUCCACCCCACCUGGAGCCCGGCAGCCAUUAAAUCUGCUAUUAUGACCUCCGCGAGAACGCGCGACAACAGCGUGCAGCCAAUACUGAAUUCGUCGAACGUUAGGGCAACACCGUUCAGCUACGGGGCAGGGCACGUCCGGCCAAACCGCGCCAUGGAUCCCGGCCUGGUUUACGACCUGACCACUAACGAUCACCUGAAUUUCUUAUGCGCCCUGGGCUACAGUAGGACCCAGUUAGAGUUGUUCGCUCCGGGUACCUACAGGUGCCCUCGCUCGGUCAGCCUCCGAGAUUUCAACUACCCUUCAAUUACUGUCCCGGACCUGAACGGAACAGCCUCCGUUACUCGUAAGGUGAAGAACGUUGGUUCGCCGGGAACGUACACCGCUCGCGUGCAGUUGCCGGCGGGAAUUGCAGUUUCGGUGAAGCCGGAGAGGUUGGAAUUUGGAAAAAUUGGGGAAGAGAAGAGUUUCAAGGUGACAUUGAAGGCGAAAGGGGCUGGGGUUUCAGAGGGCUAUGUGUUUGGGGAGUUGACGUGGUCGGACGGGAAGCACUAUGUGAAGAGUCCCAUUGUUGUAGCCAGGGUAUAG